ACCCAGACCCGCAGACCUCAGACCCCCAGACCUCAGACCCCCCAGACCUCAGACCCAGACCGACCCAGACCCCCAGACCUCAGACCACAGACCCCCAGACCUCAGACCCAGACCGCAGACCCCAGACCCCCAGACCUCAGACCGCAGACCCCCAGACCCAGACCGCAGACCCCCAGACCUCAGACCCAGACCCCAGACCCAGACCGCAGACCCCCAGACCCAGACCCCCAGACCUCAGACCCAGACCCCCAGACCUCAGACCCAGACCGCAGACCCCAGACCUCAGACCCCAGACCCAGACCGCAGACCCCAGACCUCAGACCCAGACCGCAGACCCCAAACCUCAGACCCAGACCGCAGACCCCCAGACCUCAGACCCAGACCGCAGACCCCCAGACCGCAGACCCCAGACCCAGACCGCAGACCCCAGACCUCAGACCCAGACCCCAGACCUCAGACCCAGACCGCAGACCCCAGACCCCAGACCGCAGACCUCAGACCCCAGACCGCAGACCCCCAGACCCAGACCCCCAGACCUCAGACCCAGACCGCAGACCCCAGACCUCAGACCCAGACCGCAGACCCCCAGACCUCAGACCCAGACCCCCAGACCUCAGACCCCCAGACCCCAGACCUCAGACCCAGACCGCAGACCCCAGACUCCAGACCCAGACCGCAGACCCCAGACCUCAGACCCAGACCGCAGACCCCAGACCCAGACCGCAGACCCCCAGACCUCAGACCCAGACCGCAGACCCCAGACCCAGACCCCCAGACCUCAGACCCAGACCGCAGACCCCCAGACCUCAGACGCAGACCCCAGACCUCAGACCCAGACCUCAGACCUCAGACCCCAGACCUCAGACCCCAGACCUCAGACCCCCAGACCUCAGACCCCAGACCUCCAGACCUCCAGACCCAGACCCCCAGACCGCAGACCCAGACCGCAGACCCCCAGACCUCAGACCCAGACCUCAGACCCCCAGACCUCAGACCCCCAGACCUCAGACCCCCAGACCGCAGACCCCCAGACCGCAGACCCCCAGACCGCAGACCCCCAGACCGCAGACCCCCAGACCGCAGACCCCAGACCUCAGACCUCAGACCCCCAGACCUCAGACCCCCAGACCUCAGACCCCAGACCUCAGACCCCCAGACCCCCAGACCUCAGACCCAGACCCCAGACCCCAGACCUCAGACCCCCAGACCUCAGACCCAGACCGCAGACCCCAGACCUCAGACCCCCAGACCUCAGACCCAGACCUCAGACCCCCAGACCUCCAGACCUCCAGACCCAGACCCCCAGACCGCAGACCCAGACCGCAGACCCCCAGACCUCAGACCCAGACCUCAGACCCCCAGACCUCAGACCCAGACCGCAGACCCCCAGACCUCAGACGCAGACCCCCAGACCUCAGACCCAGACCUCAGACCUCAGACCCCCAGACCUCAGACCCCAGACCUCAGACCCCCAGACCUCAGACCCCCAGACCUCAGACCCCCAGACCUCCAGACCUCCAGACCCAGACCCCCAGACCGCAGACCCAGACCGCAGACCCCCAGACCUCAGACCCAGACCUCAGACCCCAGACCUCAGACCCCCAGACCUCCAGACCCCAGACCGCAGACCCCAGACCGCAGACCCCCAGACCGCAGACCCCAGACCGCAGACCCCCAGACCGCAGACCCCAGACCUCAGACCUCAGACCCCCAGACCUCAGACCCCAGACCUCAGACCCCCAGACCUCAGACCCCAGACCCCAGACCUCAGACCCCAGACCCCAGACCUCAGACCCCCAGACCUCAGACCCAGACCGCAGACCCCAGACCUCAGACCCCCAGACCUCAGACCCAGACCGCAGACCCCCAGACCCAGACCGCAGACCCCAGACCUCAGACCCAGACCGCAGACCCCAGACCUCAGACCGCAGACCCCCAGACCUCAGACCCAGACCCCCAGACCCCCAGACCCAGACCCCCAGACCUCAGACCCAGACCGCAGACCCCCAGACCUCAGACCCAGACCGCAGACCCCAGACCUCAGACCCAGACCCCAGACCCCAGACCGCAGACCUCCAGACCUCAGACCCCCAGACCUCAGACCUCAGACCCCAGACCCAGACCCCAGACCCAGACCCCAGACCCCAGACCCCAGACCCAGACCGCAGACCCCCAGACCUCAGACCCAGACCGCAGACCCCCAGACCGCAGACCCAGACCGCAGACCCCCAGACCCAGACCCCCAGACCUCAGACCCCCAGACCCAGACCUCAGACCUCCAGACCGCAGACCCCCAGACCUCAGACCCCCAGACCUCAGACCUCCAGACCUCCAGACCCCCAGACCGCAGACCCCCAGACCCCAGACCCCCAGACCCCAGACCUCAGACCCCCAGACCUCCAGACCGCAGACCCCCAGACCUCCAGACCUUAGACCCCCAGACCUCAGACCCAGACCCCCAGACCCAGGGGGACGAGUGA